CAUAAGCCUACAUUCUACCCACCUUAUGCUUCCCCUGGAUAUAGUCUUGGCGACAGGUGGAGAAGAGUAAUGGAUAGGAGGGGAAAAUUUUAUCCUCAUGGUCCCCACUAUUUUUGCUGUUUGAACUAGCAUGACAAAAAAUACAGGUGGUUCAACCCAACCCAGGAACAAAUAACGUGGGAAGGUGGAAAGGGGCAUGAAUUGACGAAGGGAUUGCUUGGUGUUGCUAUGAUUUUGCUAGGUGUCAGAUGGGGUGAGGGCAGAGUGCAGACAAGGGGCAGGGGAGUAUCUAAAAGCAGGACAGGAAUAUAAGAACUCUUCAGUGUUAACUGCAGGCACAGCAUCAGAGCCAGCUUUGACAUGGUAAGUUUGUUGGGAUUCCUGGGGACCAGGAGGCAUAGUCAUGAGAUCCCUAGGAAGUGGUGGAGGGAGGGAUCUUCAGCUUCUUAUCUCAGGCAAGAAUGUAGGCCUGGGCAGAAAAAGCCAGUUCCACUUAUCUCAGGCUCUUUGCUAUUUUUGAUGUGAGCUACAGAACAAGGUCUAAGAGUGAACUUUCUCUCUGUCCUAUGUCUCCUGUGCGACUCUCCUAGAUACCUUUCUUGUCGCCUUUGAAAUCUCAGGAUUACCCUUCUAGUUUUUCUCUCUCGUUCCUCCUCUCCACUGUUCUGAUUCCUGAUCUGUAGAAUUUUGUGUCUCAGUCUGGAUUAGAGGCUAAGGACGUGACCGUUUACUGUCGACAUCCCUGAGAGUGUCCAGUGUCCCGCAGAGAAAUUCCAGAUGCAUGCCCAGGAUCCCAUGCUUAUCCCCAAUUCUCAUUUUAGCACCCUCUCCCUUCCCCAUCAGGCUGGGUGAGACUGUAGUGAGUGGCUCAGGGAUAUUUUUAGCUAAGCAAACCUCAUUGUCCAGUGUGGUGGGGUGGGGGGAAGGGCAGGCAGGUGCCCAUGUCCAUCACACCAGGGCUUGUGGGGCAGUCCAGAGAAGGGAGGGGGCCAGGCUCCAAAAAUAGCACAGUGAGCUCAUUCAGCUGCCAGCUCUGGGGACCAGACAAAGGGGCUUUAAAAGGCAUGGGGGUGGCUCAAGCUGGUCCUGCUCCAGCCAACACCGCCUUUCUCGGCAUGGAGACUUUUGAGCCCAUCAGCCAAGAGCCCCUCAGCCAAGCCAGCUGCGACAAAGCCCCAAGCCCAGUUUCUGAGCUUCAGGACCCGUUCUAUGCAGAACUGCAAAGGGCAGAGAGCCUUCAAGAGAGGAGUGUGAAGGAGGCCAAGACCAAAUGUCGGACGAUUGCGUCCCUGCUAACCGCAGCCCCCAACCCCCACUCCAAGGGGGUGCUAAUGUUUAAGAAACGUCGACAGAGAGCCAAGAAGUACACCCUAGUGAGCUUCGGGGCUGCGGCUGGGACAGGCGCUGAGGAGGAGGACGGCGUCCCUCCGACUAGUGAGUCCGAGCUGGACGAGGAGGCCUUCUCCGACGCCCGCAGCCUCACCAACCAGUCCGACUGGGACAGCCCCUACCUGGACAUGGAGCUAGCCAGGCCGGGUUCAGGUGCAGCAGAGGGCCAGGGCCCGGGGCAGGGAGGGCAGCUGAUUGAGGCCUCCGGGAGAGGGGCCCAACUCUUUGAACAGCAGCGCCAGCGCGCAGCCUCCAGCACCCAGGAGCUGGCCCCAGAGGGUCCAGCAACCAUGCUCAACGGGCAAGGCCUGCAGACACCACCUCGGGCACAAAGUGCACCGCCAGAGGCGGCUGUGCCCGCAUCCAGCCCUUCGCCAGCCCCUGAAGCCAUCCCCAGACCUUUCCUCCCCGGCGGUGGAGUCUCUACCCCAGCUCCAAGCAUCUUUAACCGGUCAGCCAGGCCCUUUACCCCGGGCUUACAAGGGCAUCGGCCAGGUACCACCUCCGUUAUUUUCCGGCCCCUAGCUCCCAAAAGAGCAAAUGAGAGCCUGGGAGGACUGAGCCCCGCCCCGCCGCCUUUCUUGUCCUCUCCGCAGGGGACCACUCCUCUACCUAGCUUCACUUCAGGGGUUCCCAGCCACGUGUCAGCCCCCGGUUCCCCCGGCACCCCACGCUCCUUGGGGCCCCUGACGGCCACCAGCUCUCUGUACAUCCCAGCCCCCAGCCGUCCUGUUACGCCCGGUGGAGCCCCAGAGCCCCCCGCUCCCUCUAGCGGGGCUGCCAUGACCUCCACCGCGUCUAUCUUCCUAUCCGCGCCUCCGCGAUCCGCUCCGCGCCCCGAGGCGCCCGCCCCUGGGCCCGCGGCCCCUGAACCCCCCAGCGCUCGGGAGCAGCGCAUCUCUGUGCCAGCUGCUCGCACCGGCAUCCUUCAAGAAGCCCGGCGUCGGGGGACCCGGAAGCAGAUGUUCCGGCCGGGAAAUGAGGAGACGAAGAAUUCGCCCAACCCUGAGCUGCUAUCGUUGGUGCAGAACCUGGAUGAAAAACCCCGGCCUGGGGGUGGCGAAUCUGGUCCAGAGGAGGAUGCUCUGAGCCUAGGGGCUGAAGCCUGCAAUUUCAUGCAGCCACCAGGGGGCAGGAGUUAUAAGACGUUGCCUCACGUGACACCUAAAACCCCGCCUCCUAUGGCCCCCAAGACCCCACCCCCUAUGACUCCUAAGACUCCACCCCCAGUGGCUCCUAAGCCCCCAACUCGAGGGUUGCUUGACGGGCUGGUGAAUGGGGCGUCCCCUUCGGCUGGGGUCCCUGAACCACCAAGGCUUCAGGGUAGGGGUGGGGAGCUGUUUGCCAAGCGUCAGAGCCGAGCAGACAGGUAUGUGGUGGAAGCUACACCUGGUCCUGGUCUUGGCCCUCGGCCCAGAAGCCCUUCUCCUACCCCCUCACUGCCCUCUUCCUGGAAGUAUUCACCCAAUAUCCGUGCCCCACCUCCUAUUGCUUACAACCCACUGCUCUCACCCUUUUUCCCCCAAGCUGCCCGAACUCUCCCUAAGGCCCAAAGCCAAGGGCCUCGGGCAGCCCCCAAGCAAGGCAUCAAGGCACUGGAUUUCAUGCGGCACCAGCCCUACCAACUUAAAACUGCCAUGUUCUGUUUUGAUGAGGUUCCUCCCACUCCUGGACCCACCGCCUUAGGGCCUCCCAAAACUGCCCGAGUCCAGGAGAUCCGCCGAUUUUCCACUCCAGCGCCCCAGCCCACUGCAGAGCCACUGGCCCCCACUGUGCUUGCCCCCCGAGCAGCCACUACAUUGGAUGAGCCCAUUUGGAGGGCAGAGCUGGCCUCAGCCCCUGUCCUGAGCCCAGCCCCUCCUCCAGAGUCUCCCAGGGGUCUUGGGACUUCCCCCAGCUCCUGUGGCUUUCAGGUAGCCAGGCCCCGGUUCUCAGCUACCAGAACGGGAUUGCAGGCUCAUGUGUGGAGGCCUGGGGCAGGCCACCACUGAACAGGGCACAGCUCCCAGGACCAAGGGGAGGCAGAACAUCCAGUUCCUAAAGUUGCUUCUCUUACUAACACCCCCGCCCCCUCGGCCCGCCCCAGGCAUGUGGAGGCUAAAUUCCCUCCUGCCAGUGAUAGUUUUGGAGUAGGUGUCCCAUGCCCUAGCUUCCUCCUGGCUUUCAACCUUCCUGCUGCUUUCAGACCUGCCAGCUCUGCUUUGGUGUCUGUGCUUCUUUUUGUCUCUGUAGUUCCUUGCCUGGAUCUCUGUCUUAACUCUAGGUCUCUUCACCUACUCUCCUCCACUGGCCUCUAUAUCUCUACAUUUGUGCUUUCUCUGUGGGCUUUGUUUCGACAUUCAGUGGGAAAGACACAGAGAAGUUAUCACUGAGACUUUGGGCAAAGACGUCACCACCGGAUGGGCAUCAAAGGGACUGGACUGGCCCCUGUUUGCACUGAGAUGCUUGCUGCUCCUGACUCUUCUUUCCUAAGCUUGGCUGGCAUAUUCCUAGGGGUGUGUGUGUGUGUGUGUGUGUGUGUGUGUGUGUACAGAUGUGCUCUUUUGUCUGAGGCAAGAGUAAGGGGAGAGUUCUAGAUAAAGACCCAGUCUGAGUCUUACCGUUGAAGUGAUGAAAGAAGUGUCAGCCAUCCCCACAUGGAUUGUCUGGCAGGAGAAACUCACUAAAGAUCAUCAUCUGUAGCAGGUGUAGAGCAUCUUGUGAAACUCACAGAGUAUGAGGAGACUCAAAGGGCCGGGGGAGUUUAUAUGGGUUGAGUUAUACCAGCUGGACCAGGAAUAGAACUAAGAACUCUAUUUCUCAGGAUUUCAGAAAGUUAGUAACUUGAGAGGCCCAUGCUGAGCAACCAAACAUCCAGGAAAUGAAAAGAAAAAGAAAAUGUCCUUGGAGAAUGACAAAUUAUUGGCUUUGUUGCUUCAUGAACCUAAGAUAGAAAGGAAGGAGAAAAGAGCCAUUAUGUGGAAAGUGAGCUAGAAACCAGGAGAAGAACAGAUAUGAAUGAAACUGAUUGAGCACGGAGAGGAGCGUGGUGAGGGAGAGUGUAGUGUUGGCAGAGAGUAAAAUUGGGUAAUAAGAAACCAACCAUCUACAGAAAGGGGUAUUGGGGAAAAUUUGAGGGAAAAGAAUGUUAGAGUGAAGGGGGAUGAUGGUGGCAGGAUGUGAGAGUGUGUGCUCUGUUGGAAAAACAGGUGGUAUCUGUGCUGCUUCCUUUGAGUCUGUCCCUCUGUCUUUUGCAGUUUGUCAUAACUACCUGGGAAAGGGUAAGGAAACGCCCAGAGCCAAGACCUCUUUUUUAGUUCCUCCCCAUCCCUCAAAUCCUAGCUCUUGUUCCUUUUCAGCUUCAGGUCCUGAUCUUUGAUCCUAGAGGGAGAUGGACUCCCCUCUCGGCAUGACCACUGUCAUCGCCCAUCACAUUUGCUGCUUGAUCUGGACAUUGUUCAUUUCCUUUGCAUAUUGAGUGUGAGUCACAUACCUUGGUUUGUGCACAAGAAUAAACUUAUACCCCAUA